AAAAUUGUAAUGUUUUAAAGCAACGUGUGCGAGAUUGAAAGUUUUUUUUUUAAAUAAAUCAAUUGUAUUUAUAACAUCUUUCAAGAAUGGUCGAAGACGUGGCUACUGGAGUGCAGAACGUGACUUUAAAAGAUGAUAAGGCAUGAAAAACUCAAUUUUCAUCAUGAUUUUUUUUAAUUUGUAAAAACAAUCGAGACAAAUGUUAACAAAUUUACGAAUUCGUGUUUUAAGCGUUGUACAGUGCCGCUAUAAAUGGACACAUGCUGCGAAGAAAAUGAAACCACCAAAAGGAAAUGCAACGGAAAAGAGCUCCGUUUCGGAGCUUAAUCCACUUCCUUCUUAUAUUCAGGAUCGAAUCACUCUUUACGAUAAAUUAAAAGCUGAAUAUGAAGCAGAUUUGGCUGCAAAAAUACCUAUGGAAAUAAAAAUUACUCUUCCUGAUGGAAAAGAAGUGACUGGUCAAUCGUGGCGUACAACACCUUAUGAAAUUGCAAAAGGCAUAAGUACUGGCUUGGCAGACAAUGCCGUUAUUUCCAAAGUCAACAAUGUGCUUUGGGAUUUGGAUAGACCUUUGGAAUCUGAUUGUAAAUUGCAAUUACUGAAAUUCGAUGAUCCUGAAGCGCAACAAGUCUUUUGGCAUUCAAGUGCUCAUAUUCUUGGCGAAGCAAUGGAACGUGUUUACGGUGGUUGUCUAUGUUAUGGACCACCAAUUGAAAAUGGAUUCUAUUACGAUAUGUACAUUGGAGAAAAGGGAAUUUCAACUACUGAUUUUCCAUAUAUCGAUGGUCUUUGUAAAAAUAUAGCCAAGGAGAAACAGCCUUUUGAGAGGCUUGAAAUGAAAAAAGAAGAUCUUCUUGAAAUGUUUAAAUAUAAUGAAUUUAAAAUUCGAAUUCUUAAUGAAAAAGUGACAACGCCCACCACAACUGUCUAUAGAUGUGGAUCAUUGAUUGAUUUAUGUCGUGGUCCUCAUGUAAGACAUACGGGAAAAAUUAAGGCAGCUAAAAUUACGAAAAAUUCAUCAUCCUAUUGGGAAGGUAAUGCAAAUGCUGAAAGUCUACAAAGAGUUUAUGGAAUUAGUUUUCCAGAUAAUAAACAAUUAAAAGAAUGGGAAAAGUUUCAAGAGGAAGCUGCUAAACGUGAUCAUAGAAAAAUUGGAAGAGAACAAGAACUAUUUUUCUUUCAUGAAUUAUCACCUGGUUCAUGUUUCUUUCAACCAAGGGGUGCACAUAUUUAUAAUAUUUUAGUUGAAUUUAUACGAUCCGAAUAUAAAAAGCGAGGAUUCCAAGAAGUAGUGACGCCUAAUGUUUAUAAUACAAAAUUAUGGCAAACUUCAGGACAUUGGGAACAUUAUGCUGAAAAUAUGUUUUCCUUUGACGUUGAGAAAGAAACAUUUGCUCUAAAGCCAAUGAAUUGUCCUGGUCAUUGUAUGAUUUUUGAUGUACGCAACAGAUCAUGGAGGGAACUUCCAUUAAGAAUGGCUGAUUUUGGAGUACUACAUCGCAAUGAAUUAUCAGGAGCACUCACUGGAUUGACAAGAGUAAGAAGAUUUCAGCAAGAUGAUGCUCACAUUUUCUGUACUGUGGAUCAAAUUAAAGAGGAAAUUUUGGGUGCAUUGGAUUUUUUGAAACACGUUUAUUCUGUUUUUGGAUUUACAUUCAAGCUUGUUUUGUCAACUAGACCCGAAAAAUAUUUAGGCGAUUUGGAAGUUUGGAAUCAAGCUGAAAAAGCUUUGUCUGAAAGUUUGGAUAUGUUCGGUGAACCGUGGAAGGAAAAUCCUGAAGAUGGUGCUUUCUAUGGUCCAAAAAUUGAUAUCACAAUCACCGAUGCUUUGAAACGAGCACAUCAAUGCGCCACUAUUCAAUUGGAUUUCCAAAUGCCAAUUAGGUUUAAUUUAUCGUACAUCAGCGAGAGUGGUGAAAAAAAGAGACCAGUCAUCAUUCAUAGAGCAAUUUUAGGAUCUGUAGAAAGAAUGAUUGCAAUUCUUACCGAAUCUUAUGCUGGAAAAUGGCCAUUUUGGCUUUCACCUCGACAAGUAAUGGUGAUUCCUGUGGGUCCAAUGUUUAAUGACUAUGCAAAUAUAGUAAAAGAAAAACUUUUGGAAGCCAACUUUAUGGCUGAAGUUGAUACCGACGAUAGUGACACUAUGAACAAAAAAGUUCGAAAUGCUCAGUUGGCUCAAUUUAAUUUCAUCUUAGUUGUCGGAGAAAAAGAAAAAAAUGCCGGCACUGUUAAUGUAAGAACGAGGGACAACGUUGUUCAUGGUGAAAUUUCAAUUGAGGAUUUAAUAAAUAAAUUCCGCACUUUUAAGGAAACGAAAGAUAAAAAUUGUGAAAAUACUUUCCACAGUUAGAUGUUUCUGAAUGAUCGUAAGACGCAUUUAAAAAUACUUGUAACAAUAAUUUAUAUAAUUCCAACAUAAUAUAAUAGAUAUAGGUAAAUGUUCAAUAUUUUGCAACAAUGAGUCUAAAAAAAAAAGAAAACUAAAGACUUUGUAUUUGA